GUGACCAACAUUCUCUUUCAGGGAGAAGAAAAGGCUUGCCUUUGAAGAAGAGGAUAAGUCUAAAGUCAUCAAAACAAGGCAAUAUCCUGUGUGAGAUGUUGCAGUCACGAUGCCUUGUGGUUUGAGUCCCUUGGUCAUGUGCCUGGAGGGAAGGAAGUCAGUGGCGGCCGUGGAUGACGAGACGCUCAGGGCCCGGCAGGUGCGCCGUCAGCUCACCUCGCGCUUCGGGCUCCUCGGGGAGGAGGGGCUGAGCCCCGGUCCGCCGCGGGCACAAUGAUCCUCAGGCUGCUCCUGGCUCUCAACUUCUUCCCCUCAAUUCAAGUAAAAGAAAACAAGAUUUUGGUGAAGCAGUCACCCAUGCUUGUGGUGGACAACAACGAGGUCAACCUUAGCUGCAAGUAUACACAAAACCUCGACUCGAAGGAGUUCCGGGCGUCCCUGUACAAGGGAGCAGACAGUGCUGUUGAAGUCUGUGUUGUGAAUGGAAAUUACUCCCAUCAGCUUCAGUUUCACUCAAAUACCGGAUUCAACUGCGAUGGGAAAUUGGGCAAUGAAACAGUGACAUUCUACCUCUGGAAUUUGUACGUUAAUCAAACGGACAUUUACUUCUGCAAAAUCGAGGUCAUGUAUCCUCCUCCUUACAUAGACAAUGAGAAGAGCAAUGGAACCAUUAUCCAUGUCAAAGAGAAAUGUCUUUGUCCAGCUCUCCUGUCUCCUGAUUCUAAGCCAUUUUGGCCACUGGCGGUGAUUGGUGGAGUCCUAGCAUUCUAUAGCUUGCUAGUAACAGUGGUUCUUUUCACUUUCUGGAUGAAAAGUAAGAGGAGCAGGAUCCUUCAGAGUGACUACAUGAACAUGACCCCCAGGAGGCUGGGGCCCACCCGAAAGCACUACCAGCCCUAUGCCCCAGCGCGUGACUUUGCGGCGUACCGCUCCUGACACGGACGCCUAUCCAGAUGCAAGCUGGCAGGCACCUCUUCAUCUGCCCAACAACACUGCUCUGGAUAGGAAAGGCCUGCCUCGUCUUCAGCCGGCUACUUUGGGCUUCUAUUAGGCCACUGAUGCCAAUUAUGCUUGAACAACUAAGUCAAAUAACAUCAUUUUGAGACUGAAGUGAAGUUAAAGGAUAUUACUGUGGCAGGCUAUAUCUUGUAGUGCCAUGAUCAAAGUUCAGACUUACCAUGUAUUUAUUGACUUGAUUAAGUUAGGGUAGAAAACGAAAAGCAAGUGGAUUUUGUUAGCCUUGAAACCUGCUUCCAAUUUCAGUCCUUUCUCACUCACCUUCACUUUGAGGUCAAGGGAAGAGUGGUAUUAAAGGACUUGUUAGAUGGAGAAGAAAGGUUAGACAAAUCAUACCCUUUGGUUAAAUGUGGGUUUAGGGUGGGGAUAGGUUAGAGCUUGGGAGGGGGUAGAGAGACUUAAAUAUUUUUAAAACCAUUAAAACACUGUCACUUAUGAGAUGAGCCACUUAGUUCCUAUUUAAUGCUGUUUUACUUUUAGUGUAGAAAUAUGUAUAUAUUGUGUUUGGUGAAUUUUGGUCAUAUUUAGCCAUUUUACCCGAUGGAAUCCCAAACCAACUUGCUUUCAUUAUUCCCUGUGUUGAGAAUUCAAUGUCGUCUUCACAAUGGGAUUUCAAAAGAAUAAAGUUGUCGGGAAAUAAGGCCACUUGAUGACAAAACUAUUUGAAUACUAUGGAGGUUACUUGUUUAGCAGCAUAUUCCAGUGAAAUUGUAGAGGGGGGCUUUUCUUU